AUGGCGCGUCCGCGGCCCCGCGAGUACAAGGCGGGCGACCUGGUCUUCGCCAAGAUGAAGGGCUACCCGCACUGGCCGGCCCGGAUUGAUGAACUCCCAGAGGGAGCUGUGAAGCCCCCAGCAAACAAGUAUCCUAUCUUCUUUUUUGGCACCCAUGAAACUGCAUUUUUAGGUCCGAAAGACCUUUUCCCAUAUAAGGAAUACAAAGACAAGUUUGGAAAGUCAAACAAACGGAAAGGAUUUAAUGAAGGAUUGUGGGAAAUAGAGAAUAACCCGGGAGUGAAGUUUACUGGGUACCAGGCAAUUCAGCAGCAGAGCUCCUCAGAAACUGAGGGAGAAGGCGGGAAUACUGCAGAUGCAAGCAGUGAGGAGGAAGGGGAUAGAGUAGAAGAAGAUGGAAAAGGCAAAAGAAAGAAUGAAAAAGCGGGCUCAAAACGGAAAAAGUCCUACACUUCAAAGAAAUCCUCUAAACAGUCCCGGAAAUCUCCAGGAGAUGAAGAUGACAAGGACUGCAAAGAAGAGGAAAACAAAAGCAGCUCUGAGGGCGGAGACGCUGGCAAUGACACACGGAACACGACUUCAGACUUGCAGAAAACCAGUGAAGGGACCUAACUACCAUAAUGAAUGCUGCAUAUUAAGAGAAACCACAAGAAGGUUAUACAUUUGGUUGUCUAAUAAUCUUGGAUUUGAUAUGAACCAACACAUAUUCCUUGUUGUCAUUGACAGAACCCCAGUUUGUAUGUACA